UCUUUGCUUCCUCUCAGCGCGAGCUCCUUCUCCCACUGUCUCCUCUCUGUGGUUGGAUUACUGCUGAGGAAGAACCUCAUCUGGAUACUCCUCCUCCUCCUCCUCCUCUUCUUCUCCUUCUCUUCCCUCUCUCCUCUGCUUUCCUCCCCUUCUCUUAUCUCUCACUGAGGGACUCCGGCUCUCCGUCCUUCCCAGAUCUCACCUCUCGUUCUCCUUUCACCCCCCACCCCCCCCUCUCCCCUGCUUCCCCCCUCAGGAUGUCGUGUGAGGAGGCUCAGCUCCACAAAGAGAGGCUGCAGGCCUUGGCGGAGAAGCGAAAACGGCAAGCUGAAAUCGAAGACAAAAGAAGCCAGCUCGAUGACCUGGUGCUACAGCUACAACAUCUCAAGUCCAAAGCCAUGCGUGAGCGAUGGCUCCUCCAGGGAAUGGGUGUGGAGGAAGAGGAGGCACGGCGGAAACAGCUGGAACAGGAUGAAGAACAAGGGAAGAGGCUGGAAGACAUGAUACAUAGGCUGGAGUCUGAAAUCGGUGCACUUGAAAGUGAAGAGUCUCAGAUCUCAGCCAAAGAGCAGGUUCUCCGAGAACGUCUGAAAGAGACGGAGCGCUCCAUAGAAGACCUGCAGAAGAGUCUGAUGACCCAGGAUGGAGAUGCCACCUGCUGCAUGUCGGCCCCCCUCUCGGACUGCACGGACCCCGAUCCCGACCACCUCGUCCUGGCCACGCAGCCCCAGACCAGCCCACCUGCCUCUGGAGAGCACGCCAUACCAAGACCUGGCUACAGCCAAACACCAGAUGUUACCGUGACAACCACAAAUGGCUAUCAAGCUCCCAUUCCAACCAGACAUCCUCACACUGCCAUGAAAUCGUGGCGGGCAGCCGAGGAUGCCAGUGACACAAUACCAAGAGAGCGAGCCCUGAAGAGCGUCAGUUUCCAGGAAUCGGUCAGCGUUAUCACUGACAGGCCCGCAACCAUGGAACUAGAGAGCCAGCAGAUCCAACAUGGCUGCCUCAGCAGCCCCAGUAACCGAGGCCACAGCGCAGCUGGUGUGAAAGUAGAGACUCCUGACAGCGAGGUGGUUCAGGAGAUCUGUUACCUGGACCAAGUGUUAGACGCAGCCUCUGAAACACCCACCAAUGGAAACUCGUCUCCAUCACACCACACCAAACCAAUCAGCAUUGAUGGAACCUCUCCGUCUGUCUGUGUGUCAACCUCCUCUCCUGCCAAUCACCAGCCAAUCGUUGUGGAGGGGCAGAGACAAACGACGUUCGUCCACCAGGAGGACUCUGGCGUGAGAACCAACGGGCAUGUGCAGGGGGAGGAGUCGGGGCGCAGCAGGGCGAAGUUUGAGCUGAGAGCUUUUCAGGAGGAGAGACGGCCAGCAAAACUCUUCACCCCCGGAGAGGAGCAGCAGGUCAGGGUGACGAGGAGACGACCCUCAGAAGAGGUUCAGGAGUUGGAGCGUGAGCGCCAGGAGCUGAUCAGAGAUCAGGCUGUGAAGAAAAACCCUGGGAUCGCCCAGCGCUGGUGGAACCCUCCUCAGGAGGUGCCUUUGGAAGCGCAGCUGGACGCAGAUCAGCUCGAGUCUCUCAAGAAAUACCAGGAGAGAAAACAGCAGAAACAGAAUCACACUUAUACAUACACACAGCCCCAGGUGUUAGGUCCUCCCACAAUGGUGACCUCUGACCCAGAGCUAACCAGGAAGGAGGACAUUGUCGAGAAGCAGAUCGACUUCUCGUCUGCCAGGAAGCAAUUUCUGCAAGGGGAGGGCACCAAGAAGGACAUAGCUCCUCAGAUAUACUCCGCCAAACCCUUCUCGAAAUCUAUAACCAGGGGCAGCCAGGGGAGCAGUGACAUUGUUGCCGAAACCGGAGAGAGCCACGUGACCUGGUCUGAUGAAGGAAUUGCAGGAGAAUUCACGUGUGCGCGAGCUGUAAUGACAAUCCUGCGUGAGGAGGAGGAAGGGAAGGGUCAUUUCCACCCAGCCUUUCACCCAGAGGAGUCUGACUCAGGAUUGGACGAGUUAUCUGUCCGCUCUCAGGACACUACUGUGUUUAGCUUGGAUAAUGUUUCCGACAGCGGGGCUUCGCUACCCCCUACCCCAUUGCCACUUACCCCUGUGUCACCUCCUACCCCUCAGCCCACCACGCCAGUCAACGGGCAGACCAGUGGCGGUCCAACAGAACACGAGCUGGAGUUCCACGCCGGGGUACUUGUGCAAAAUGCCAUCCAACAUGCCCUUGCAGCUGACAACGGAGAGGAGUGGCAGCCAUCUGACCUGAACUCUUCACAGCUCAGCACCCCUGUGUCUCCAUCCUCAGCUUCUACAAGUAGCCCAGUGCCAGUCUCCCCUGUGUCUUCCGGUGGAGCUCCGAGUCUCCAAUCACCUGUGUCCUCCAGUCCUGCUCUAUCCAACCCGUCCCCUCAGCCAGACAGGCGGCCAGAGGUAAGAGUUGUUUUCCAAGAGAAGCCCGCAGAAUCACAGCAGACUCAGCAGCAGCAGCAGCAACAACAGCAGCCCUCCAGUCCAGCACAGCAACCACAGCUCCAGACACCUUCUCCACCACCUUCUCAGCCUGUCUCACCUCCACAGAGACCCAAAGAUGGAGGCCCCAGGAUCAAAAUCCAGUCCUCUUACGCCAGAGCGCUCGCUUCCUCAGCCCCGGCUCCAGCUCCAGCUCCAACUCCAGCUUCAGCUGCUGCCUCAGCAGCUCCUGUUUCCAGGCCAACCCCAGUUUACCGUCCCCCUUCUCCUCCAAGCCCGGAGAAACAGGAGUUCAGCUACUUCAGUAAAUACUCAGAGGCAGCUGAACUUCGUAGCACAGCAGCAGCAACACGAAGUCCCGAGGCAGAGGCAGCCAGCGGCCCAUUCCGCCUGCGCUCCAAGAAGCAGCGAACCUUGUCCAUGAUUGAGGAGGAGAUCCGAGCAGCUCAGCAGAGGGAGGAGGAGCUGAAGAAACAGAGGGAGGCGCAGCCUGUUGUUAUUGUCCGCCCCAGCCACACUUCCAGCAGCAGUCAUGGGCCUGUGAGGACAGGGAUGCGGCAAUCCACCAUUUCCGCAGCAGAUAAGAUGAAGAGUAACAGCCUGCCAACUAGACUCACACUGUCAGCGAAGACAGCACCAGGAAAGAUUGAGAAGAUUCGACCUGCACCACCCGUCUCACCCUCACCCUCAGAGGGAGCCCUGUCUGAUGCCGGCAGUGAGGACUCAGGAGGAUCACGACCCAAAAACUUCAUGCAGACGCUUAUGGAAGACUAUGAAACACACAAGGUGAAAAGGAGGGAGAAAAUGGAGGACAACAGUUAUGCCCGUUUGUUGCUGGCCAACGAGGUAACCACUGAGGUUCUGGAGGCCACUCGUGUCACCAGGAGGAAAAGCGACAUGGCGCUGAAGUGGGAAGCCGGCAUCUACGCAAAUGAAGAAGGGGAGGAAGAAGAGGAGGAGGAAGAGGAGGAAGAAGAAGAGGAGGAGGAGUAAACAGCUCAUUUCAGAGACAGUUAAGGGACUGAGGAGAAAGAGGAGGAGGAAGAGACUGAAGGAAAAACAAACAGGAGGAGAAAGGACAAAGAAAGGAAACAGUAUUUAUUUUACUAAUAGUAUUCUGAUAAUCACAUGACCCUGCAUCAAGUUGUGAUUUUUGGACCUGAGGAUUGAGGACGGAACAGUAUGUUAAAAGACUGAGUAUGUGAGAGACAUUUGAAGUGUUGCGUGAGUUUGAAGAAAAGAAAAAAGGUCAGCGAUGCAAGAGACACUUUGAAAGGGUUUUAUGGUGGAUUAUGAGCGUUCUGCAGAAGUUUGUUUGGAAUAGAAGGUUUUUACUAGUUGGUAGACGCUGAAUGACUUAAAUAUUCAUAGGAUUUUUCACUUAUCUGCAAUAUUAUUGUGGAAAUAUGGGCUGAGAUCUAAAGAUUUUAUUUUAAAAGGUUGCCUGAGACUUGAUGAUGAUGAUUUUGGCAAUAUGUGCUUGAGAAUAACCCCAGUCAUCUUCAAAAUGUGUGGCAAGGGUUUGAUUACAAACAGGAAAAAAAGAUGCUUAAGACAAGCAGGUGUAUGCAGAGUGACUAUUGAGAAACUUCUGACUGAAAGUUGUGCUAGAAAGGAGAAAGAUCGAGGCCUAAUCACGCACUCAGACAUGUUUUCUAUAAUUUCAGAGUAAUCUUUACUGCAGGGAGGCUGUGAUGUUUUUCAGGGUUUUAACCUAAUGGGACUCGAAGCAUCACUUUCAGAACCCGUGAAGUUUUAUCUUCCGCAUCCUGCAGUGCCACAGUACACCACAGUACAGCUAUAACAGACAGACAACAUGUUGGCUGGAGCUUUAGCAUCCCUUUCAAGCAUCUGUGUUAAAUCUUAAGUGCCGACCUGAGGGUCAGCGUCCUUGAAUCAUUAAAUGCUAGAGAGGAAAUCUGCAUAACUAGCAUCAAGGUGCAACUCUGCCUUAGACCUGUCAGUAAUUGUUGAAUGCACGAUAUGUAUGAUGUAUCUUAUCUUCUUCUAUCCUGUAUUACUACAGUUCCAGUAGACUUUAGAGAAAAUAAGCAACCACAUUAGAUAGUCUGUCUACAAAACACUAUUCUUCAGUGACUUCACAGAUGGGAGGAGACAGAGGGGGGGAGAGGGAGGCUAACUGCAGGUCAUGUUUGUGUCACUUCAGUCAGUGUGUGUGUAUUAAUGAAAGGGCUGGGUCAGGGGUUUUAUAUUCUAAAAAUCAUUUAUUUUACCUUUGCUGGCUACGCCGCUUUGUUGACCUGUGCUUUCUGAUGUAAGCAGUUGUUUCAUGUAUUAUACUGAGGUAGGACUGUGUAUUUGAUAUAUGAACAUGUAUGUUGAGAUUCCAUUGGGGCAACUGCCGUCUAUCUACUAUACCUUGCUAGUUGAGGAUAAAGUUUGAUGAAAAAUAUUGAAAAAGCCUUUUAUAAAAAGUUGUUAUACCAAAACAGAAUGUUGUUACUUAGAGAAAAUACAGUCAGCCUAAGCUCUUAGGUCUGUUUAAAAAGUACUGAUUGUGUGCAUGGCAUUACACUCCUUUUCCUAACCUGAAAACAAGCACACAACAAGCAGCAAAAAGAAGGCAACUGACUAUCAGUGCUACAAGCUGAACAGACUUCUGUUCAUCUUUACGUCACUAACAUACUGUAAGUUGGGGUUGUCUGUUUUUUUACUGAAUAUAUUGUGAGCUUUGAUUUUGCAAGAUGAUGUGAUUUUCUGUUUCGUUAAAUUACAGGCGUUUACAGGCCUCUGUGAUUUUGACAAUACUGUUGACCGUCCAGGUGUAGAAAACAAGGUUCAGCUUCAACAUGAAAACACCAAACACGUUGCAAACACAGUCAGAAUAAUCCCUUGCGCCUACAGGACUGUCUUGAAAUUAGAACUGAAAGUAGAAAUGUGUCAGCAUGACUGUAGAUACAGUAUUCCUGAACCACUUUAACUGAAAAGUAGCUAAAUUAUUAUACCUUUUAGUCUUUAUUUUGAAGCCUUUGAGAUUUUAUCCAGCAUUAGGAUAUCAGGAGGUUGUUUUCUGUAAACCAAAGGUUACAGUUUUGAUCACCAGUGUGUCCUGUUCAAGUGUCCUUCAGCUCACACACUGAAUAAAAUCCUCAGAUAAAUGCCUGAAACACAAAUGUACACUGAGGUAGACUUGCACAAAAGAUGAAAAGAAACUGCGGGACACAUACUAACCCUUGACGAUAAUUAAUCUGUAUUGUAUUUGUUAGGACAGCCCCAGCAUGAGGUCAAAUACCUCUUGGCUGGAAAUGCAGUGCCAGCAACUGCACCAACCAGAAGUUAAAACCAAGGACUUCUGCCUCUGUGAUGUGCCCAUUUCCCCGCGGAAACAGAAAAAAACUCAAUGACUCAAUAGAAUCCUCCUUGUUCUUGUUUUUAUACACUUUUAAUAAUAUAUAAAAUGAAAAAAAGUAUUUAAAGGACUAGUGUCCCUUUUUAUGAGCUUGAGAAAUGUAAACGUGUCAUUGACAGAGGUACUGUGUCACUGAUACUGAUUGGAGAUUCAUUUUGCCACAAGACUUAAGGGACAAAUGAAAAAGUCAGUUGGGACAAAAACUUUCUUUCUUUUUUUUCCAGACAUGAGGAACAUGAUUUGAAGCGAUCAGACAAUAUUAAAAGCACUUGUCAUACUGGUAUAUAUGAUUUCCUGGUGAGAAAGUCAUCGAGCUUCAACAGACACAGAUCCUUUGUGAUGAAUGAUUGUCUUACAGUGGCCUAUCCUGGAUGCCAUCUGAGCAUCUGCUCUAUCUAAGCUUUAUUCACAGCACAAUUUGAGUUUUCAUUAACAGAGGCAAAGUUUACUGCAGCAGCACAUUGUAAAACUGUGUUAUUGCACACAAACACACUCACGCUGUCCUCAUGUAUGCUUCAAAGCACACAAUUAAACCCCCCAAACCUGAGUUCUCAUUAAAUAAUACUCUUGAAAAGGUAACAGACAUCAUGCACACUCAGAGGAGUUAUAAUUGUGUGAUUUAUUAUUAUUAUUAUUAUUAUUAUGAUGAUGAUGAUUAUUAUAAUAAUUGUUAUUAUUAUUUGUUGUUUGACUUGAUGGUGCAGAGAUGAUUUAUUUAUCAUUUGAAAUGCUGUUAGCUUGUUUUCACCCUGCAGAAGCGCCUGAGCUUCAGUGCGGGGGCUCAUACUGUCUGUGUGUGACAAAGCAAUCUUAUCAUACAGUAUAUAACCUCUGUCCCUAUGUUAACCACUUGUAUGCUCAUACUCUGCUUUGUUAUUUUAUAGCACAUGUAAGGCUCACAGUUAUACACCUACUAUACAUAUUAUGAAUAUUUUCUCAUUAAAAACAAAACAGGUAGA